AUGGCCGAGCGCUACAUCCCAGAGCACAGGCGCACUCAAUUCAAGGCCAAGAACACGUUCAAGCCCGAGGAACUACGCCGCCGCCGAGAGGAGCAACAAGUCGAGAUCAGGAAGGCGAAGCGCGAGGAAAACCUUGCCAAGCGCAGAGGAAUUGGCACAGGCGCCGACCGUCCUGGUGCUUCGCUUGGUGCUGCUCCUGAUAGCGACGAUGAUACCGCUCCUACCGAGUCUCAGCUUAACGAGGACCUCCCUCAGAUGGUACAAGGUGUCUUUUCCGAAUCAAUUGAUGCUCAGAUUCAGGCAACAACCAAGUUCAGGAAACUCUUGUCCAAGGAGCGAAACCCUCCGAUAGAAGAAGUGAUCAAGACUGGUGUUGUCAGCCGUUUCGUCGAGUUCCUCCGUUCCCCACACACACUCGUGCAGUUCGAGGCUGCUUGGGCCUUGACCAACAUUGCCAGCGGCUCAGCAACACAGACACAAGUUGUUAUCGAAGCCGGUGCAGUCCCUAUCUUUGUCGAGCUUCUCGCCAGCCCCGAGCCUGAUGUGCGCGAGCAGGCCGUCUGGGCUCUGGGUAACAUUGCUGGCGACAGCCCGCAAUGCCGUGAUUACGUUCUUAGUUGUGGCGCACUGAAGCCCCUGCUGAAUUUGCUUGGCGACAGCCGCAAGCUUAGCAUGCUUCGCAAUGCCACCUGGACUUUGAGCAACUUCUGCCGUGGAAAGACUCCUCAGCCGGAUUGGACAACGAUCGCGCCCGCCCUUCCUGUUCUCGCCAAGCUUGUCUACUCCCUGGAUGACGAGGUUUUGAUCGAUGCGUGCUGGGCUAUCUCGUACCUCUCGGAUGGCUCCAACGAUAAGAUUCAGGCCGUUAUCGAGGCCGGUAUCCCCCGAAGGCUUGUCGAGCUCCUCAUGCACGCGUCCACCUCGGUCCAGACCCCUGCCCUGCGCUCCGUUGGUAAUAUUGUCACCGGCGAUGACGUGCAGACGCAAGUCAUCAUUAACUGCGGUGCUCUGCCAUGCCUACUCUCCUUGCUUGGAUCCAACAAGGAUGGCAUCCGCAAGGAGGCGUGCUGGACCAUCUCCAACAUCACCGCUGGUAACUCAGCGCAGAUACAGUCUGUUGUUGACGCCAACAUCAUUCCCCCGCUUAUCCACCUCCUGUCAAACGGCGACCUGAAGACCAGGAAGGAGGCGUGCUGGGCUAUCAGCAACGCUACUUCUGGUGGCCUGCAGAAACCUGACCAGAUCAGGUACCUUGUUGCUCAGGGCUGUAUCAAGCCUUUGUGCGACCUUUUGUCUUGCCCCGACAACAAGAUUAUUCAGGUUGCUCUUGACGGUCUUGAGAACAUCCUCAAGGUUGGCGACCUAGACAAGCAGGCUGCCGGCGAGGGUCAGGACUCUAUCAACCGUUAUGCCUUAUUUAUUGAGGAGUGCGGAGGCAUGGAAAAGAUCCACGAAUGCCAGACGAAUGCAAACGAGGAAAUCUACAUGAAGGCUUUCAACAUCAUCGAGAAGUACUUCUCUGAUGACGAUGAGAACGCGGACGAUGCGGCACCAGCUCAAGGCCCUAACGGCACCUUUGGUUUUGGCAACCCAAGCGGCGGCCAGCAACAAAACCAGUUCAGCUUUGCCAACGGUGGCGAGUCGAUGGACAUGUAA